UGGGUUUGUUUGGGUUUUCAGCCGGGCGUAGUGACGACAUUAAGCUGCGCCGGAAAGACUGCAUAGUGUGGCCUUCCUUGGUUGGGACAGAGAAGGGCAAUAUUUUGAAUAUCAUGUCUGGAAGCUACUACUUUGUAAUUGUGGGCCAUCAUGAUAAUCCAGUGUUUGAAAUGGAAUUUCUGCCAACUGGUAAAGUAGAGUCUAAGGAUGACCAUCGCCAUCUCAAUCAGUUCAUAGCUCAUGCUGCUCUUGAUCUAGUAGAUGAAAAUAUGUGGCUAUCUAAUAAUAUGUACCUGAAGACUGUGGACAAAUUUAAUGAAUGGUUUGUUUCUGCUUUUGUCACUGCAGGACAUAUGAGAUUUAUAAUGCUUCAUGAUAUCAGGCAAGAAGAUGGAAUCAAAAAUUUCUUUAGUGAUGUUUAUGACUUGUACAUAAAGUUUGCAAUGAAUCCAUUUUAUGAACCCAAUUCACCCAUUCGAUCAACUGCAUUUGACAGAAAAGUUCAAUUUCUUGGGAAGAAGCAUCUCUUAACUUAAGUUGAACUGUAACUAAUUUAAAUAACUUGACUUUUUCUUGAACCUGUGGAGACCAACCUGCUACUCUCAGUAAGUUUAAAAAUGCUGUUAAUUUGGAAAAACAAGAACACAGCUCCAGGAGUUCAAACAUUACUAAUUGUAAUUGGAUCAGUUCAAAUAUAUAAUCUUGUACUUAUGUCAAAACAUUAAUACAAAUAUAGCUAGCUUCUUUACCACUUUGUUACCUAAAGCCAGAAUGUAGGGAUUUUUGCUGUCAUUAUUAAGUGUUAUCAUGAAAGAAUCUAUACCUAAUUCUAUCCCUCAAGGCUUGUCAAUAUUAAGACUAAUCAGUGCUCAGAACCCGGGGCGGGGGGACAUGGAGCAGGAGAGAAGUAGGGAGAGAAAUUCACCUAUUUUUUUUAAAACAGUUGAUUAAAAUAGUUGAUUCCAAAGAAAUUCUUGUUAUCACCACACUGGUCAGCAAGCCAGAGUCAUAAUUUUAAGGGGCAAAUGGCUGUUAACAGAGAGCAUGAAGUAUUCUUAAGACUUGUAUAUGAAAAUAUCUUAACUUUUAUGUAGUCAUGUGCUGCAACUCAGGUGGCUCUUCAAACUCUAGAGAUGCUUAAUUUAUUUUUGAGUCAAUUUUUUCACUGCAUCUAGUCUGAAAUAUUACAGUAAGCACAUUACAAUAUUUGCAGACUCCAUAGUUUUUAAUAUGGUUAUAGCUAAGGGUACCAUCUUAAAUAAACUUAUCUUACAGCUGUGAAGUAUCAAAAACAGCCUUAGGUUUGGCUCCACUAGAGGAUUUCCAUGGACAGAAGGAUCUCUCCGUGUUGCAGCCCAAAAUGCCCCCUGUAAGGCAGGAGUCAGUUACACUAUGUAGGCAAAAAUCCUGCCAUCUGUGAAAAUGCUCCAGUAGAGCCAAGUCUGUAACUAAAGACUAAAGGCCAAAAUAGUGUGCAUGAUUUGGCUAAAGCAUUAAAGAACUUGUUUAUACUGUAUAAAAACUUUUAAAGUAUGUUCUUGAGUUCAACUGUACAUUCUCUUUAAGUUGUGGUAUUGUAUAAGUGUGCAUUUGUUGUAGAGGUUGCAGUGACAUUCCCAAGUAAGUGUUGUAGCAUUACUUUCUGUGCACUGAAGUUUCUCAGUUUAGCGUCAGUAAAAAGGUGUGGUUUAUUUAAAUAAAAUCAAUUGGCAUAAGGUGACUGCUUUAAGUAAUGGUGUAUAGCAAAGUUUG